AUGUUGACAACAUCUGUGGGCGCCAGCCAGCCCAGGACAUUCCUCAAGCACAGGUGCCAGCCGCACCCUGUCCGGGCUCCCGGCGGCUGGCAGAUGCUGCCCGGUUCCCACCGAAAGCCCACAUUGAAAAAGCACGUCCUCCUGGGCUCCCACCACGGGGACCAGCCUUCUGGCCCCUCUGCUGUCCAGCGACCCUGUGGCGGCCGUGUCCUGCCCCCUCCCGGCCUUCGCCAGUCCCUAAACCACCUCCACCAGGAUUCUCCUGACGAGGCCACGCAGGGUGGAAACUUCUCUUCAUGCCCUGCAUUCGCCCAGGCCAGGUCCUCCGCUCAUAAAACCGGAUGGCAAGCCUCAGGGCUGGGGCGCAGGGUGGAGCGUGAGGCCAGCCUCUGGCUGCCUCCGGAGGAGCCCAUGCAGGCGCUGCCAGACCGCUUUGUGGACAAGGCGCUUCCUCUGGGCUGGCCCCACGCGGGCGGCAGGGGACCCACGGAGGAGGAAGGGGGGCGGGUCCAGCCUCCAGCGCGGUCCCGCCCGGCGCUUUCCUCCGAAAGAGGCGACCCGAGCGCGGCUUGGCAGGGCGGGCGCGACCCGGGAGUCCACCUACAUACGGCGCGGCCGCGCUGCACGCACGCCCGCCCGGCCCUGCGGGUCACUCCCCACCGCGGCCUCGCUCCGGCCCGCGCUAACCGCAAAGCCCCGUUCCGUCUCCCUGCGUCCCUGCCUCGUCGCCUCUCUGUCCCCGCUGUGUCUUCGCUGGGUCCCCGCUCCGUCCCUCCCCGUCCCCGCUCCGUCCCCGCUGUGUCCGGCUCGCGUCCCCACUGUGUGUGUCCCCGCUCCGUCCCCGCCCGCCGACCCCCGGCAAUGCCGCGCGGCGCCACCUGGGCGCUGCUCUUGGCCGCGGCCCUGGGGCUCGGGGCGCGCGGGGCGCGCGGCGCGGUGGCCCUAGCCGACUUCUACCCGUUCGGCGCGGAGCGCGGCGACGCGGUCACCCCCAAGCAGGACGACGGCGGCUCUGGGCUUCGGCCACUCUCCGUGCCCUUCCCGUUCUUCGGCGCCGAGCACUCCGGCCUCUACGUGAACAACAACGGGAUCAUCUCCUUCCUGAAGGAGGUUUCUCAGUUCACCCCAGUGGCCUUCCCCAUCGCCAAGGACCGCUGCGUGGUAGCAGCCUUCUGGGCGGACGUGGACAACCGGCGAGCAGGGGACGUGUACUACCGGGAGGCCACGGAUGUGGCCACACUGCACAGAGCUACGGAGGACAUCAGGCGCUACUUUCCCGAGCUCCCGGGCUUCUCAGCCACCUGGGUGUUUGUAGCCACUUGGUACCGCGUGACCUUCUUCGGAGGCAGCGCAUCUUCCCCCGUCAACACGUUCCAGACGGUGCUCAUCACGGACGGCAAGCUCUCCUUCACCAUCUUCAACUACGAGGCCAUCACCUGGACCACGGGCACACACGCCAGCAGCGGGGGUGACGCCAGCGGCCUGGGGGGCAUAGCGGCCCAGGCCGGCUUCAACGCGGGAGACGGGCGGCGCUACUUCAGCAUCCCCGGCUCGCGCACGGCGGACAUGGCGGAGGUGGAGACCACCACCAACGUGGGCGUGCCCGGGCGCUGGGCGUUCAGAAUCGAUGAUGCCCAGGUGCGCGUGGGGGGCUGCGGCCAUACAACCUCCGUGUGCCAGGCCUUGCGUCCCUGCCUCAACGGCGGCAAGUGCAUCGACGACUGCGUCACGGGCAACCCCUCCUAUACCUGCUCCUGCCUCUCGGGCUUCACGGGAAGGACGUGCCACCUGGACGUGAAUGAGUGCGCUUCCCGCCCGUGUCAGAACGGUGGGACCUGCACACACAGCGUCAACAGCUUCAGCUGCCAGUGCCCAGCCGGGUUCAGGGGACCCACCUGUGAGACAGCACAGUCUCCAUGUGAUGACAGAGAAUGUCAGAACGGCGGCUGGUGCCGGGCGGAGGGCAGCACUGCGGCGUGUGUGUGCCCAGCGGGCUACACAGGGGCGGCCUGCGAGACAGACGUGGACGAGUGCAGCUCCGACCCUUGCCUGAACGGAGGCUCAUGUGUCGACCUGGUGGGGAAUUUCACCUGCCUGUGUGCGGAACCCUUCGAGGGACCUCGCUGUGAGACAGGACACCACCCAGUGCCCGACGCCUGCCUCUCAGCCCCUUGCCAGAAUGGAGGCACCUGUGUGGAUGCAGAUCACGGCUACGUGUGCGAAUGCCCUGAAGGCUUCAUGGGCCUCGACUGCAGGGAGAGAACCCCCAGCAGCUGUGAGUGCCGCAAUGGUGGCAGGUGCCUGGGGGCCAAUAGCACCCUCUGCCAGUGCCCACCAGGCUUCUUCGGGCUCCUCUGCGAAUUUGAGGUCACGGCCACACCCUGCAACAUGAACACGCAGUGCCCAGACGGCGGCUACUGCAUGGAGUACGGCGGGAGCUACCUGUGCGUCUGCCACACCGACCAUAACGUCAGCCACUCGCUGCCGUCGCCGUGUGACUCCGACCCCUGCUUCAACGGAGGUUCCUGUGACGCGCAUGACGACUCCUACACGUGCGCGUGCCCGCGGGGCUUCCACGGCCGCCACUGUGAGAAAGCCCGGCCGCGCCUGUGCAGCUCCGGGCCCUGCAGGAACGGAGGCACGUGUAAGGAGGCUGGCGGCGAGUACCACUGCGACUGCCCCUACCGCUUCACUGGCAGGCACUGCGAGAUCGGGAAGCCAGACUCGUGCGCCUCGGGCCCCUGUCACAACGGCGGCACCUGCUUCCACUACAUCGGCAAAUACAAGUGUGACUGCCCCCCGGGCUUCUCAGGGCGGCACUGUGAGAUAGCCCCCUCCCCCUGCUUCCGGAGCCCAUGCAUGAAUGGGGGCACCUGCGAGGACCUGGGCACAGACUUCUCCUGCCAUUGCCAAGCAGGGUACACAGGACGCCGGUGCCAGGCAGAGGUGGACUGCGGCCCCCCCGGCGAGGUGAAGCACGCCACCGUGCGAUUCAACGGCACCCGCCUGGGCUCGGUGGCCCUGUACUCGUGUGACCGAGGCUACAGCCCGAGCGCCUCCAGCCAUGUCCGGGUGUGCCAGCCACAGGGCGUCUGGAGCGCGCCCCCCCAGUGCCACGAAAUCGACGAGUGCCGAUCCCAGCCGUGCCUGCACGGGGGCUCCUGCCAGGACCGCGUCGCCGGGUACCUGUGCGUCUGCAGCCCAGGGCGUGAAGGAACCCACUGUGAGCGGGAGACAGACGAGUGCCAGGCGCAGCCCUGCAGAAACGGAGGCUCCUGCAGGGACCUCCCGGGGGCCUUUGUCUGCCAGUGCCCCCCCGCUUUCACUGGUGCCCACUGCGAGACAGAGGUGGACGCCUGCGCCUGCAGCCCCUGCCAGCACGGAGGCCGCUGUGAGAACGGCGGCGGGGCCUACCUGUGCGUCUGCCCAGAGGGUUUCUUCGGCUACCACUGUGAGACAGUGAGUGACCCCUGCUUCUCAAACCCCUGUGGAGGCCGCGGCUACUGCCUGGCCAGCAACGGGUCCCACAGCUGCACCUGUAAAGUGGGCUACACCGGCAAGGACUGUGACAAAGAGCUCUUCCCACCAACGGCCCUCAAGGUGGAGCAAGUGGAAGAGAGUGGGGUCUCCAUCUCCUGGCGCCCCCCCGAAGGCCCAGCUGCCAGGCAGGUGCUGGACGGCUAUGCUGUCACCUACGCGUCCUCGGACGGCUCCUACCGCCGCACGGACUUCGUGGACCGGGGCCGCUCCGUGCACCAGCUCCGGGCCCUGGCGCCUGGCAGGGCCUACAACGUCUCCGUCUUCUCGGUCAAGCGCAACACCAACAACAAGAACGACAUCAGCAGGCCCGUCCUGCUGCUCACCCGCACGAGACCCCGCCCCAUCGAGGGCCUUGAGGUCGCCAACGUGACAGCCAGCGCCAUUUCGGUGCGGUGGGCUCUGCACAGGAUCCGCCACGCCACCGUCAGCAGUGUGCGCCUGUCCAUCCGCCACCCUGAGGCCCAGGAGGAGCAGUCCACUGAUGUGGACAGGAGCGUGGACAGGUUCACGUUCAGGGCCUUGCUGCCAGGAAGGAGAUACACCAUCUGGGUGACGGCCCUCAGCGGGCUUGGGGGGCAGGAGCACCCCACGGAGAGCCUGGCCUCGGCCCCGGUGCACGUGUGGACCCGGCCUCUGCCGCCAGCCAACCUGACUGCCGCCCGAGUCACGGCCACCUCUGCCCACGUGGUCUGGGAUGCCCCCACUCCAGGCACCUCUCUGGAGGCCUACGUCAUCAAUGUGACCACCAGCCAGAGCACCAAGAGCCGCUACGUCCCCAGCGGGAGGCUGGUGUCCUACACGGUGCGGGACCUGGUGCCCGGGCGGCGGUACCAGCUCUCAGUGAUGGCCGUGCAGAGCGCCGAGGGCACCCAGCUGCACAGCGAGCCUGCCCACCUGUACAUCAUCACUUCCCCGAGGGACAGCACCGACAGACGAUGGCACAGAGACGGACUCCCCCAGAAGGCACUGAGAACCCGCCCAGCCCCCGCACGCCUGCCCGAGCUGCGCCUGCUCAAUGACCCCGGUGCCCCCGCGACGCCAACCCAGGCCCCCAGGUUCUCAGAGCUCGUGGACGGCAGAGGACGAGUGAGGGCCAGGUUCGGCAGCUCACCCCGCAAGCGGGUCACUGUGAGAUCACAACCCACGGCUCUGGUGCAAGUGGAGAACACGGAGGUGGUCCCCACGCCAGCCAGCCUGGCCCUCCAGCUCCCCAAACGCGGCGGUGACAAGGACGUGGAGAACAAGUCAGCAGGAGCAGACUACCGGGUUGACCACCAUCGGGGGCCUGAGGACGACACCCCUGGGAACUGCUCAGAAAACCCCUGUCAGAACGGAGGCACCUGUGUGCCGGGUGAGGAUGCCCACAGCUGUGACUGCAGCCCAGGGUUCAAAGGCAGACACUGUGAGCUCGCCUGCACGAAGGUGCCCCAGCCCUGCACACGGCUGUUCUCAGAGACCAAGUCCAUUCCGGUCUGGGAAGGAGGCAUCUGUCACCACGUGUAUAAGAGAGUCUACAAAGUGCACCCGGACACCUGCUUCAAGGAGAGCUGUGAGAGCACCCGCGCCAGAGCCCCAGACAGGAAACAAAGUAACAGUCCUACACUGAAGAAAUCCUAAGGAUUCAGGAUGUUCCUGCUGUGUUCCAUCAACCUCACGAGUUUCUAAAGCCCAAGAAGAUGAGGUCUAAAAUCAGACUGAAAACAGCAUCCUGGCUGGAGUCAGUGGCCCGAGCAGCUUCUCUCCUCUGGCCUCUGGAAGACAGCCAGCCAGGCCAGGCAGGCAUCAGCCACAGGCAGGGAGACCUCCAGGACAGACCCUCACCAGAUAGAGCCCAGGCUGCUCUAAGCGAGCACUGCACAAACAUCCGCCCCGGGGGAGCAAGGCUGCCCACCAGAAAUGCUUCUGCAACCUUCAGAAACCAGCUUUAGGAUUCCAAAGUCAGAAAAGGAUUCUCCCCUUAGGAACCAACCACCAAACUGAGGAGCAACUGCUAUCUACACCUUCCAAGGCAAAGACUGUGGGGCUAGGAGAAGGUGCAGAGGUGAGGCACACUGGAAGCCCCUCAGCUCUCCUCCGCCAGCAGUCUAUGCUGAUCGUUUGCAGGUAGUGACCCACCAUAUGGACCAGCUGAUUUUGAAAGAGAAGAUGGUAGCAAACACUAAGGUGGAGAUCAAACACUUUUUAAUCUACAACUUUUUUUGUAUAAGCCAGACAAUACUUUUGGGUCUGCAAACCCGACGGUCACUGUGGCAAUGACUCAGCUCUGCAGUGGUAGCUCAAAUGCAGCCACAGACAUGUGACUGAUGAGGGAUGGCUGGGUUCCAGUAAAAGUUUAUUUACAAAAACAGGCAGAGCCGAGUCGGCCCAUGCGCCAUGCUAAGCUCAGCCCUGGUCUUUGAGGCCAUAGGCUGCGGCCUAUCCCCAGGAUGACAAGUCCCACCAAGGCACCAAAGACCUCAAGGGUUUCAGGGAAACCUCAAUGUUUCAACCCCACUUGGAAAGCCAAAGCAGCAUGUCCACCAAGCACCGCGGGGCUCCUCCCACAAGCCAGGCGGUGUGGAGAGGCGCAGCCGGGGAGACCAGACUAGAUGCUGGGAAAGGUUUCCCUGAGGUCACAACUCAAGCAACGCUGUUGGGGGCUACCAGGCAGCAGGCAGCAUCUUCCACACCCUCCUUCACACACCGACCACCGCGUCAUCCUGCCACCCCUCUCUCCAGCACGCCUCUGACCUGCACUCCUCCUCCCUGCAGAUGAGGUGAAAACCAAAGCAACAAAGCCCACCCCGCAUGGCGCUAAGCGCUCCAACAGCCAGCCCAGACUGGAGCACAACCCCCAGGCACCUCCCAGUGACCCGGCCCCGAGUCAGCACCACAGCCCAGGAAGGCCGCCUUGCUGUCAACCUUUAUAAAAGACUUUUUACAGAAUUUAUUUUAGGCUUUUUACUUAUAUUAAAGUUCUGUGUGCAUAUGUCUGUGUAUUAUGCAUUCUGUCAUUUUCAGCAAGGAAUUCUCUACUGUACUCCCGAAGGUACCCUGUCUCCAAGGCCCACCUGGAGAAGACGGCAGAGAGCAGUCCAGGGGCCCCGGCACUGGGAGGACUGAGAGGAAACCACACACGUACACACGUUCUGCUGACCUGUGCUGUGCGCCGGGCCCAGCCACUGCACCCACGUAAGCUCUGGCGCCACAUGCCAACGGCGAGACCACCGGAAAGUGGAUGGAACGCCCCACUGCCACGUAACAACCUCAAGCCCCUCAGCCAGAAGGCAAAUGUAACAUGCUCGUUUUGACCUUAGAAGCCUUUGUUCCUACAAGAAACAGUUUACUGAGUCCUGAGCGUGGUGCUGUUUUCUUAUGAUUAACCCAUUUUGGUGUUUUAUAAAUUAUAUACCUAGUAGAAGACUUCCUGAUGCUAAAGGAAUUAUAAUUUAUCCUUGAAACAUUACAAAUGAGCCACUGCUUUUUCCCACAUGGCUCCUUCGUCAAACUCUAAUGUCAUCCUUGGAAAUCCUCAAAGUCCACCCAAAGAAAUGAGUAAAAUGGAAUCAGAAAACUGUCAGGGGUAUACACAGUUCUGUGUGGACAUAAAACGAACAAUCCUGGGCUGCCAAGGCAGUCUUGUGCUAUUCAAACUUUGGAUCAACUAACCACACAAUCGAGCUUAAAUUUAAGAUUCUGUUAGCCCCAACUGGGGAGCACAAGAGCAACAUCCCAGGUUCCAGGGACAGUGCCAGCCACCAAAAGGCCAUACAACACAAGAGCACAGGAAACCUCCUUCCCACGGCCAAAGAAGACAGUAAAGAUGAAACCUCCCUUUUCCCCCUGCACUAGGGCUGACACAGUGCAAACGGGGAAAGCUACGCAGCACCUCGCUGCCCCCCACCAGCACCCCAGUAGACAAGGGUCCACCCAGUGUCAGCCAACCUCCGCAGCUCUGCUGAGUCGGAACUACUGCCACUGGCAAACUACCGCCGCCAAUGCUGGACUCUCGUGUGGAGGGACUCACUGAGCUACUGGCCUUUUGCGGAAAGUGUCUCUUUGCAGUCAUGCUCCGGCAUGAGCCUCGGGAAAGCACAAGCAUCUGUACCAGGUGCUGCAUCCCCAAAGUAAAAUGCGGCUCCAAUCUCCCAACGACAUCCCAGCACAGGGUGGAAAAGAACUAUCAUAAAAAAUCUUUUAAAUAAAAGAGAAACAAUACAAGUAGCCCAUUUAGAAUCUUAAGUUCUCGCUAAUCAACACAGUCGUGUUUGCUAGAGGUGGCCUCGGAGCAGCAUCUGCGCCUUGGCACCACUGCAGGCCUGUCCUGAGGCCACACGCACACCCUCGGGCCUAACGACACAACUGACCCCAGAUGGUGCCGGGCACUCCCAAGAGUCAGGACCGCCCCAGUGAGGACAGCCGCCUGACAGGACUUACAGCGUCUCUGUGAGAAGAAUGAGGCCAAGUACCACGCAUCUCAGGUUUUGGGCACAUCACCAAAAAUGUCUUUUGCAGCAUGAAUCCUGUGCCAGCCAGCCCGUCCCCGGGGAAGAGCCCCCAGAACAUGUAGUGACCCCCCCAUUCCCCGCCCCCCGAGCUCAUGCCACCAGGGCUGGGACUCUACCUCAGAGAUGAGCCCUGGUGCACACCCAAGCCCAUUCCCCAACCCCAGUUCUUCAAAGUUGCUCCUCAGAAUCUCUGGCCUCCCCAAGGGGCCACCUCUGGUGCCACGGAGCUCCCUGGAAUGAUGCCAAGCCCAGACCUUGGCCCGGCUCCAGACCCCAACACCCCAUGACCCUGGCAAGCACGCAUUCUCCUCUGGCCUCAGAAGCCCCAUCUGGACCAUGUCCUGGCACGCUCCAGGUCAGCACUCCACAGCUGCCGGAGACGUUAGGACUGGAUGCGGCCCUUGGACCGAGCUGGCACAAAAGCAGGUUCCCCCACAGGUCAGAGACGGGCCUGUUAUUCAGAAAUGCAAAAAGCGCUGGCAUCAAGAAGCUGUGCAGAACAAACCACAUG